AUGUCAUCUGUGUUAUACCUGUUAUUGACAGCGGUACUUUUCUUGGCAACUUUUGGUGUUUCCGGUGUUUGCUUUUUAUUUUCGACAUUGUUUGGCUUGAUAAUUGGGCUGUUUAUAACGAUUAUCAUUUACGGCCGAGAAAAAUCAGCUAGUGAUUUAAAUCAGCUAAAUAAGAUUGUUAGAAAGUUUCGUUUUCUGGUAGGACAACGAGAAUAUCUAGCAAGUUGUGGGCGAUUCUCUCAGAAUAUUUGUUAUGAGGAAGUGCAGGCUAUGACGAAUUCACUUGCUAUCGAUGCUGUACUUGAACAGAUGCUUUCAUACAUAAUUCGGGAUUUUAUUGAUAAGUGGUAUAAUAAUUUGACACCAGAUCAUCUUUUCCAAGAAAGCUUGAAGCGCAGUGCAAGGCGCACUAUUGCUGCCUUUUCACAGUGUAUCCAAAAAGUUGAUUUCGUACCCCUAUUAACUCAGCAUAUUGUCGACGAUAUUGCUUCGCAUUUUCGUUUAUUUCGAAGAGCAAAAGAACGUGCUCGACUUCAUUAUGGGAAAAAUUAUUCUACAGAUGAGUUAGAAACGAUGUUUUUUGAUCUGGAAUUAGAAAUGGAAAAGUGUUAUUGCAGGGAUCUUGUUUCCACUUGUUCACAUUAUGAAAAUGCAUAUCUGCAUGAUGUUGCUGAUGUUCUGUUGUAUCUUUUAACACCCCCUGAAGAUUUUCGUUCCCGGCCGUUUCGUUUUCUGCUUCGAGAAAUAUAUGUUAAGCGCAUAAUGCUACCUCUUUUAGAUAUGCUAAGCGAUCCUGAUUUCAUCAACUACAGUAUAGUUUGGUUGCUUAGUGGUACGAAUCUGAAACCAGAAGAUUUUAUCACAGCAAUUGAAAGCACUGACAACGUGAAAGCACUAGAUGCAAUUUUAGAUUCACUUUGUGAAGAGGCAGCACAUCUUCGAACUAAAGAUUCUGGUGGUGAACAAGGCUUUUUGGUAAAGCAGCAGUUAGCUAGCAUUGAUUACACGAUAAACAUCGUAAAGCGACGGAUGGAUACUUUAUCAGUGACCGAAGUUGAUGAUUUGUUGCAAAAGAAGUGCACCAACCCGCAAGCAGAGGGCUCAUUUCAUUUACAGUUACCAAUUCACGUGGUAUUGACAAACAAUAUAGCAGUAGCACAUUUUGCUGAUUUCCUUGCAUGUGUUGGUGGACAAGCUUUGAUUGAUUGCUAUUUAGCAGUUGAAGGAUUCAAAGCAUCUGUAGAACAUCAGUUGCGUGGGCUUUCCAAUGGCGAGACUCUCGAGUUUGAUGUUUAUGAAACGAUUAAAGAAGCUGCAGUUUUCAUCUAUCAGCAAUACUUAUCAGAAGAAGCUAUUACGCGAGUUUCUUUAGACGAUGCUACAGUGAGAAAGUUACUUUUACGUAUAAAAAGCGAUGAGCCUCCUGAUUUGUGGUUUGAACAAAUACAGGGAAAAAUUGUUCAUAUUUUACGAACAGAUGAACGGUUUUAUGAAUCUUUCAAAAAACACUUCACAUACAGAAAAAUGCUUCAUGAACUUGGCUUAGUUGAACAAGCCAGUUGUCAAACUAAUAAAUCACAGUUUAUCGAUGACAGUGAUAGUCGACUUCAUGUUCCAGUAAACUCUAAAUUGGAGGUUGGAGUUAAUGUUGACGAUUUUAAACGCUUACGCAUGGGAAUGCAUGUUGUUGUUGAAACGCUUGGUAUUGGACAACAAGGCAAGCAGACUUUUGCUUUGUACAAUGUUCGUGUUUCACGAAUUGAUGCUUCUGGAAAACAAAAUAGCAGUUGGAAUGUUCUUCGACGAUAUUCUGAUUUUCAUAUGCUCCAUUCACUUAUACAAUCUCGCUUUCCAAAACUCAGCAAUUUAUGUUUUCCGGGUAAGAAAACAUUCAAUAAUCUGGAUUCACACUUUCUCGAGGAAAGAACUAAAGCUCUGAAUAAUUAUAUGAUGAGUAUCUUACAACCAUCAGUUCUGGAAGCCAAUAAUGAUUUGGAGGUGCUUGUAUUCGAUUUUCUUAGUAUGAAAGAUUAUAUUGGUGAACGAAGAUUAUCGAAAAAGGUUAUGAAUGCUGUAUUUGAACCUUUGAAAAUUGGGGCUCGUGCUUUCGGAAAUGCUGUAACAGCUGUGCCUGAUACUGUUUAUGAUGGAGUAACUCGUAUGGGUGAUGGCAUAAAUAAAGCUGCGAAACAAAUAAUUAAUUUUCAGUCAUCACAGGUAUUUAGUAUGGUAUCUCGUUCUGAACCAUCUAUUCACAUCUCUUAUAAAUUAUACACGUCUUGCUAUGUGAAUUUCCAGACGUUGCAUACUUCAUCGAAUGAAGAUGAUCUGAGUCGUGUAGCAGCAGUUUAUAACGACCAGCAGUGGAUGGACAGUAUUCCUUUACGAGUUCUUGUCCUUUUAAUUGGUGAAGUAUUUGGCGUUCGUUCGCGAAAUGCAUGGUUUCGAAGAAGAUUGGUAGCUCUUUUAAAUCAAUUCGUUCACGCAACAAUGGGUUCUUCGUUAAAUCGGAAGAUUAUUGAUAUAGUUCAGUGGUUGACAUCAAAGCAACAAGUCGUCCAGUACCUUAUUGCAUUCAGAGUCUGGAUAUUCAUUGUGCUGAUCAUCAACGUCUCCCGUUUUCGAGUUCCACAUCGUAGCCCAGAACUCUCUGAUUUCUUCCGUCCCUACAUUGUGGCUAACAGAAAUACGUUGUGGCCAGAUGGUCAGCUACUGAUGAACAGUGAAAGUCGCUCAGAUAACGAAAAGCUCAGGACUUGCUUGUUAGCAAAAGCUCUCAUGUUGAGUGCUUUGCCCGACGAAUUACGAUUAUUCAUCGGUGCAGAAACCACAAAUGCAGGGAUCGGAAAUGUUUUCGAAGUGUUUCAGAAUAGAAGACUCAAUCGUCGAUUGGUCUAUGUUGUAUUUGAAAGAUUUCUUGCUAGUCUAUUUCCGUCUAAUCAUUUCAAGAAAAUUUUUCCUCAACUGCAUGCAAAAAGUCCUCGGUCGAAACCUUUCCAGGUUUGAUC